GCUCAGUCGAGGAAGAAACCGGAGACGUCACAUACAUAGAUGCAAGCAGUAGUAGCUGCCUGACCACUAAUCACACAACAUUAACUACCUACUACGAGCAAAGCCCGCCGCGGUCUUCAUGCUUCGACUUUGAUUCAUCUGAAAUCCAAAUUUUAAUACUCGCAUCACAUCAAAUAGAGAUUUAUCGACCUUGCAGCACAAGGGAUCGUGCUACGGUUCCAAAUAUUUAUUUGCACCCCUCGUCUUGCAUCCUACUGGCAACCGAUUUCAGCUAGCAAGAACAGUGCCUUGGCUAGCGUCAGGCUAGCCAGCUAGCUAGCUACUCGCAUCGCUAACGGUGGUUAGCUAGCAGGCUAGCGAGCUGUUGUAACUUGCGUCAUGGAUGAAUUACUAGUGGAAGUGAGGGGAACAAGUGGCGCCUUUUAUAAGGCAUUUGUGAAGGAUGUCCAUGAAGGCUCCAUCACAGUUGCAUUUGAAAACAAUUGGCAGCCAGAGCGCCAGAUCCCAUUCCAGGAUGUGCGAUUUCCUCCUCCAGCAGGGUUCUGUAAAGAGAUAAAUGAGAGUGAUGAGGUUGAGGUGUAUUCGAGAGCGAAUGACAAGGAGCCAUGUGGAUGGUGGCUGGCUAAGGUUCGCAUGGUCAAAGGAGAGUUUUACGUUAUAGAGUAUGCCGCAUGUGAUGCGACAUUAAACGAAAUUGUGACGCUGGAGCGGUUACGGCCGAUCAAUCCCAACAAACCAGCCACCAAAACUACCUUCCUCAAGAUCAGACUGGAUGUUCCUGAUGAUCUACGGCAAAUGUGCUCCAAGGAAUCGGCACACAAAGAUUUCAAAAAGGCUGUGGGAGCGUUCAGUGUCACCUACGACUCUGAGAAGAAGCAGCUGGUCAUCCUGUCAGUGAAUGAGGUCACAGCGAAGCGGGCCAACAUGAUGAGCGACAUGCACUUCAGGAGCCUCCGCACCAAACUCUCUCUCAUGCUGAGGAAUGAAGAGGCCAGCAGACAACUGGAGAGUUCCCGACAGCUGGCAUCACGGUUCCAUGAACAAUUUGCAGUACGUGAUGAUUUAAUGGGGCUCGCCAUCGGGACUCACGGGGCCAACAUUCAGCAGGCCCGGAAAGUCCCUGGAGUCACUAAUAUAGACCUGGAUGAAGAGACAUGCACCUUCCAUAUUUAUGGAGAGGACCAGGAAGCUGUCCGUAUUGCGCGCAGUUUCCUGGAGUUCUCUGAAGAUGUCAUCAAAGUUCCCCGGAAUUUAGUAGGCAAAGUGAUUGGGAAGAGUGGUAAACUGAUCCAAGAAGUGGUUGAUAAAUCUGGUGUGGUGCGGGUCCGUAUUGAACCAGAAAAUGACAAAAAGCCUUCGGUGGCAUCGUCAUCAGUGGCGGGAGCAGCAUCAGCAUCAACAACGGAUGAUGGAAUGGUGCCCUUUGUAUUUGUUGGGACUAAGGAAAGCAUCUCGAAUGCAACGGUACUGCUGGACUAUCACCUCAACUACCUUAAGGAGGUGGACCAACUUCGUCUGGAGCGUCUUCAGAUUGAUGAGCAGCUGAGACAGAUAGGAGGCGGUGGCGGUGUUGGAGGGACGGGCCCACGAAAUCUGAAAGACAAAAGCUAUGUGUUUGAUAAUGGAACGGGCCUUGGCAGAGGUACAGGAGGAGGGAAACCCUAUGGAGGAGGAGUACGAGGUGGUCGAGGGCGAAGAGGAGGUGGUGCUGCUUUUGCCUCAGGCACCAACUCGGAGGCAUCCAACGCUUCAGAGACAGAGUCAGACCACAGAGAUGAGCUCAGCGAUUGGUCCCUGGCUCCCACAGAAGAGCUAAUGACAGGAGGUGGGACAUUGCCAAGACGAACUGACGGGAGGAGGAGACCUGCCGGGGCAGGACUUCGAGGGCGAGGUGGAAGAGGAAGAGGAGCAUUUAAAGGUGACGAUGUACAGUGGAGUGACCCAAGGCCUCGUCAUAUCAGAGAGCCCAAGAUGAGAGCACAGGAAGACACCUUGCAGAUUCGUGUGGAUGGGAACAACGAACGUAGUGUGCAGCAUUCCUCUGGAGGGAGAGGCGGAGGAGGGCCUUCAUCACAGGGUGGCCACAGUGCCGGUGGCGAAGGUCCACUACGCCAUCAGCAGCGGCCCAUGAGAGACCGAGGAAUGAAGAAGGAGAAACAGGACGCUCCCCCUCUGGUGAACGGAGUGUCAUAGAUGCAUCACUGGAGGACCUUCUCACUUACAGAAAUGAACCCACACUCUUCACACACAUACACAAACAACCGCUCAUUAAUCAACCACAGUUGUUUGUUUCGCUGUCUUUCUUUUUCCGUUUUUGUCAAUUGCCAGAUUAGACACGAGCAGCCUCCGUCACAACGGAAGGCAGUAGUGAGUAAAUGUAGUGACGACUGCUCCCUGUUGUGCUACAUCUGUGUACUGCUCGGUGUAGUGCAGCGAGCUGGUCUGAGACUGAAUGGACGUAUUCCUCCUACAGUGAGAAAGCAAUGAAGUUUCUUGAUGUAAAAGCAUCCUCUUUUUCCAGCAACCAUCUUACUUCAAUGUCAAAAUGCAUCGAAAGUUCAAUUACAUGCAUCACUUUUCUCCAUUACCUGAUGAAGCGGCAUGGAUGCCUUCACUUUCUUUGUGCCGUGAAGUUUCGAACUAGACUUUAGACUUAGCUCGUCAUGCGUUCUGUGACUGCUCCUUUGACCAUUUGGUUCAGGCAUAAUGAGGGCAACCCAUAGUCCAUAACCCUCGAACUUGCAAGUUGAUAUAAAGCAUGUGUGCAAAGUCACAGGCUUGGGCUAGGUGUCACGUGUGGGCAACACCUUACGUGAUGCAUCAAUCCAAUCUAGUCUGUUUCUUCAUACACAUAACGAUAAAUGAGCCAUGCUCACACGAACAGAAUGUCCACCUUAUUCAAUUUGACAUGCCUGCAGCCAAGGUGUGACAGCAUUUGUCUGUGGCUCAGUGCUUUUUGGACAAAUACACAAGUGACGUGAGAGUUGUAGAACUGAUCUUGGACAAAACACACACACACACACCUCUCCAAGCUGCUCAUUGACAACUCAUUUGGGAAAUGUCUUUGCUCCCCUAACUGGGGAUACUUGAACAUCCCAGUUAGCUUGGUAAGAAUGAAGCCUCACCAACGCAUUGUUCCCUGCUCACGGCGAGAAGACAAAUCAUCACUGUUGAGUUAACUAAUGUCAGAGUAGAUCAAACCGUCAUUGAGUUCCAGAAGGAGAGAUCCUUGACAGUUUAAUCUAUAGCAAGUUCAACAAAAACGAUACGUUUGCAGUCAUGAACCAAUGCUUAACAGCUUUUCGGGACCAUGGUUCUUCCAGUAAGUUCUAAAGGCAGAAUGUGGUUGCUGUAAUGUAGCGCUGCUUCUUUGGCUUGUUGACUGAUGACAUUCCUCUGUCAGUCAUUCUGUUCCUGCGAUAUCAUUUAUGUAUCACUUCUUCUGGCAUCGUACAGCCUACAGUUUUUCUUCUUGGUGUGUUUUGAUGAGUCAAGCUGAGCUCCACGGUCUGCAUUAAAAAGAAAAUCCUAACCUAAUUGGUUUAAGAUAGAGUGUCAAGCUCAUUUGGAUAAUGUUGAGUAAAAUCUGCAGACCCUCUGAGGCGUUUUAAACAUUGUUUCCAUCUCUCUCAGCCCUUUUUAGGAGCCCCAGACCAAUUUGUAAUUUCCCCCCAACUGUUUAGACCCACGCAUAACCCUUUUUUAAGAGCCCCAGACUGAUUUGUAUUCGCGCCCCCCCCAACGUUUUAGGCCCAUGCGUCACACUUUUCUGUGCCACGCUCUGGAUAUCUCCAAGUCUUGUGCUCACAACUUGUUUUCUGAGGCCAGUAUUCCUUUCCAUUGUGCUUGCUUUUACACAAGUAUGAAUUAAAUGUGAUUCUUUUUCACUAAUCUUUAGCUUCCAUACAGCAGUCGGGCUGGAUUUUUAAACUUAGCUUGUUCUGCAAUACAUAAACAAUGUGGUUUGAGUACAAAUGACCAUUUUACUUUCCAUAAAUCAGCAACUGAAUUACGUUGUUUUGUGUUGUCAAAAAGGAGAUAGGGUGGCAUACUGUAUAUAAUGAUGUCAUAAUUUGUACUGUUUCAAAUGUGCACUUAUCCUUAUUUUCUUUCUUUUGUUGCUGUUUGAUAUCAGUUAAAUGCUAGAUCUCUUGUUAAUAAACUUGCUGUAAAAAUG